GUUGUUGAUAUUUUGUUGUCCUCCUCCGCAGCAACGUUCGUGUUGUAGUGUGUCCAAACGCACUCGUGAUUUUGAUUCUGAGGGAAUAAGUCCUCGACCCUCCUCCAAGAUGUCCUACGCGCAGAAGUCCAAGGUGCAGAAGGUGAUGGUGUUGCCCAUCAACUUGAUAUUCAGGUAUCUUCAGUCUAGAGCUAGAGUUCAGGUGUGGCUGUACGAGAACCAAAACCUACGCAUAGAAGGGCACAUCAUUGGAUUUGAUGAAUACAUGAAUGUUAUGUUAGAUGCUGCAGAGGAAGUACAUAUCAAGAAAGGAACAAGGAAAAAUAUUGGGCGAAUUCUCCUAAAGGGUGACAAUAUAACAUUGAUCCAGAAUACACAACCUGAUGGAAGUAACAUGUAGUUUUAAUUUCUAAGUCAUUUACAUUAAGGAAGCUUUAUUUGAAUUUUGUUAAUAAAUGUACUGAACAUAG